AUGGGUUUGAUGGAACGUAUCAAAGAGAUCGAGUCCGAAAUGGCUCGGACUCAAAAGAACAAGGCCACCAACUAUCACUUGGGUACUCUCAAGGCCAAGUUGGCAAAAUUGCGCAGUGAAUUGUUCCUCGAACAAUCCGGUGGGGGUGGUGGUGGCGGCACUGGGGAAGGCUUUGAUGUAGCCCGUAAUGGGGAUGCUCGAGUGGCUCUGAUUGGAUUUCCAUCCGUUGGAAAGAGUUCCCUGUUGGGUGCCUUGACAGCUACAGAAUCGGAAGCUGCUGCCUACGAGUUUACCACGCUCACCUGUAUUCCUGGUGUCCUGCAGUACAAGGGAUCCAAAAUUCAAGUAUUGGAUUUGCCCGGAAUUAUUGAAGGUGCCGCCCACGGUGCCGGUCGCGGAAAGGAGGUGAUUGCCGUGGCACGAUCGGCCGAUGCCAUUCUCAUUGUCUUGGAUGCUGGCAAGGAACAGGGCAAUCGACAUCGGGAAAUCCUGGAACGAGAAUUGGAAACGGUCGGCAUUCGACUCAAUCAACGACCUCCCGAUGUGACGGUGACAAAACGCAAAUCGGGAGGUGGGAUCCGAUUUGCAUCCACGGUGCCACAGCCCCAGUUAGGACCCGAACCAGAAAAGAUCGUCACCAACAUUUUGAGAGAAUACAAAAUCACAACGGCAGAUGUGCUGGCCAGAGAAGAAAUCUCUGUGGAUCAACUUGUGGAUGUUGUCCUUGGCAACCGGAUGUACAAGCCUUGUUUGUACUUGUACAACAAGAUUGACACGAUUACAAUCGAAGAGGUGGACCAACUUGCUCGUCUAUCACAUUCUGUGGUUGGCAGUGUGCGAUCCCAAUUCAAUAUUGGAGAACCUUUGGAAGAUGACCUUCUAAAGGCGCGGCUCUGGGAAUACCUAGGGUUGACAAGAAUCUACACCAAACGUAAAGGUUCACCACCGGAUUUGGAAGAACCCGUGGUCUUGUCGGAGAUUCGCAAGGGUACCACUGUGAAAUCGUUGUGUGCCAAUGUUUCCAGUGAGUUGUUGCGUGAAUUCAACUAUGCCUUGGUUUGGGGCACCAGUGCCAAACAUUCUCCCCAACGAUGCGGAUUGAGUCACACGUUGGAUGAUGAAGAUGUGGUCCAAAUUGUCUCCAAGACCAUCAAGCAGCAACAACAGGACAAGAAUUACAACGUCAUUUCGCAACAAUUCAACGACAAGCAUGCCAAGAAACGGCUCGAGGCCAAGAAGCAAAAGCAGCAAAGGCUGCGAGGUUAG